AUGGCGGCGGCUGCGGCGGCGGCGGACCGGCUGAGCGCGCUCCCGGAGAAGGCGCUGGUGAGCGUGCUCUCGCAGCUCCGGUCCGACGAGGCGGCGCGCACGAGCGGGCUGUCCCGGCGAUGGCGGCGCGUGCACGAGGCCGUCCCGGUGAUCGACCUCGCCGACACCAAGUGCGGCGACCGGUACGGCGGCGCCUCCGACAACAAGCUCUGCUUCGACCUCCAGGUGACGAGCGCCAUCUUCUCCAAGGCCGCCUACACCCCCCUCCGCGCCUUCCGCCUCAGCGCGUUCCACCCGCCCUACGACCUGCUCGACCAGUGGGUCGUCACGGCCGUCACCUCCGGCGCCGAGGAGCUCGACCUCACGCUCCGUUACUGGGACUCCGCCAUGCGCCGCCUCUGCCCCUUCUCCGGGUCCGAAGAAUCCCCCUCGACCGACUUCUGCCGGGACGACCAGAAGCGAUUCACGGCGACGCAGCGCCACAUCUUCCGCUGCCGCUCGCUCCGCCGCCUCGGCCUCGCCAACUGGAGCCUCGACCUCCCUUCCAUGCCGAUGCCGAUGCCGAUGCCGGCGCUGGACACGCUCUGCCUCUCCCGGAUCAUGGACCCGGCCAAGCUUCUCCCGCGGCUGCUCGCCAGCUGCCCGUCCCUCGCCAGCCUGACGCUCGAGCAGUGCCCCACCAUCGUCGACCUCGAGGUGCCGUGCCUCUCCCUACGGAACUUCUCCAUGCUCUGCUGCCACAACGCCAAAGCCGUCGCGCUCCGCACGGCCCGCCUGGAAUCCCUCCGCUUCAAAGGCGGCCUCGCGACAGUCUUCCAGAUCGCGAACCACAGAGGAAUCAGGGCACUCACCAUUGAUAUCUGCGAGGAGCUCUCGAGCAAAUCCCCAAAGGAGAUCGCCCCUGUAACGACGCUCAUCGGACGGUGCAGCAACCUGGACUACCUCCACCUCUCCCUGCGCCCGUCGAUCGCCUACUACAGCAGCCUCUUCACCGGCGUCCUCCGCGAGCUUCGGUGGCUCCGGCGGCUGAGCCUCGAGGGCUGCCUGCUCACGGCCCACGGCGUCAAGUCCGUCGCCGCCUUGCUCGCCAACACCCACAACCUGGAGGAGCUGUCCCUGUUCCCUCUGGCUCCGCCGCCUCCCAAGAACGAGCAACUGUAUGAUGGGUACGAUACCGUCUACGGUGGAUCAGACUCAGACACCGAGGAAGAAGACGGCGGCGGCAUCGGCAUCGGCACCGGAGCCGUUAACGAUGGCGGCACCCGGAUGCCCGAUUGCCUGUGGCGGAUGAACGUCGGAUGCUUGAACCGGAAGGUGAGAAGGAUCGGCCUUUGGAACUACCAAGGACAGGCUCUGGACAAGAUGCUUGCCAGGUUCUUGCUUUCCAGGGCCGCAGUGUUGGAGGAAUUCUCGGUUAGGUUGGCUGAUGAACGUGAUCCGCGGAAAGAUGAGAUCGCAAAGGAGCUGGGAUCCUGGCCAUGGAAUAGCCAUACCACAGUAACUUGUAAAUGACAGGAAAAAGUUUGCUUGCACUCUUGUAAGA